CUGCACGAGACGGAGCUCCGCGCGCUCCUCCCGUCCUUCUCUCUCUCUCUUCAUCAAACCCUCCACAUCCGACCACAGCUCACCCCGAACACACCCCCGGACCCGCCCCUUCAACACCGGCCACGCCUUCCUCCGGGGUCCUACGCCACGGCGCUGGCGCCUGCUCGCUCGCGCCGCUCUGGGAAAGUGCUUGAACAGGAGGACGGACGCGCUGCGCGGGGUGAGCGCGAGCCCAGCGGCGGAAAAAAGGCACGAGCACGAUCGCGCGUUACACGGCGAACAUGGUCAGCGUGGCGCUGGCCGUACUGGCCGUACUGGCCGUGGUGGUCUCGGCACGCGGGCAAGCUUCUUUCAUGGAGGGGAAAGUGGCGGUUACUGAUAGAGGAGGCUCUCUGGAGGCAGAAGACGGGCAGAAUGUGUUCCACAGCACACAGGAAACAAACAGAGACCCUCCUCUGGUCACCACUGCUCCACCCUUCAGCGGCCUCAACCACCACCCUCCAUUCAAAGCCUUCGCUCGGCCUGACCCACUCCGUCAGGACCGGCUGAGAGCCGAGUCGGAUGUGUUCAUGGGUCACACGUCAACCCAGCUGGUUCCUCAUGAAGAUGCAGUGCCGUUCUCUGAUGUAGCUGUUACUGUUCCCACUGCUACACCCACUGGUGGAGCUGCCAGAGCCGCUGGAGGUGCUGGAGACGCACCAUCUGAGGCUAUGACCACCGAGACACUGACCACCACCAUGAUACCCACCUCAGCUCCGCCUCCCUGCAACACACUUCCUGGAGGACAGCCAGCCCACUCUAAUCUGGCAACAACACAAGGUAAUCAGGCUGUAACUACACUGGUGACCAGAGAAGAAGAAGAAACUCCAAAACCAAGACCAGAACAUCACACCUCCGCCAGUGACAAAAGCCCAGUGACAUCAUCAGAGGCUAAGGAUGGGGAUGAGGAAACCACUACAACUACUAUUAUUACCACCACCAUCAUUACCACCAUGCAGACACCAGUGCCGUGCAGCGCCAAUUUCACAGCGCCAGGGGGCUACAUAGAGACGCCGCCGCCGAGCAGCUGGUACUACUCGAAAGUUGACUGCACCUACACUGUGACGGUCUACAUGGGAUAUGGAGUGGAGAUUCAGGUGAUGAACGUCAGUCUCUCUGAAGGAGACUCGGUCAGGUUUGAGGACCUGGGUAGACGCGAGCCGUCCGUGUUGGCCAACGAGUCCAUCCUGAUGAAAGGCCUGGUGGUCCGCAGCUACAGCAACCGGAUUUCCAUCCACUUCCACAGCCAGCAGCAUCGGCCCGGCUCCUUCCUGCUGCGCUACCAAGCGUUCGUGCUGAGCUGUAACUUCCCGGACCGGCCGGCUUAUGGAGAUGUAUCUGUGAGCAGCUUACACGCAGGAGGAGAGGCCUACUUCUACUGCUUUACUGGUUACCAGCUACAGGGCCCGGCCACCCUCACCUGCCAGAAUGCUACCACUCCUUCAUGGAGCGGGAAAGAGCCUCAGUGUGUGGCUGCCUGUGGUGGGAUGUUGAAGAACGUCACUCUGGGACGCAUCAUGUCCCCUGGUUUCCCCAGCAACUACAGCAACAACCUGACCUGUCACUGGGUGCUGGAGGCUGUGGAGGGCCAGCGGCUGCACGUGCACUUUGAGAAGGUGGCCCUGGCUGAGGACGAUGACAGGCUCCUGAUCAAAAAUGGCAACAACAUCGACUCAGCGACGCUGUACGAUUCGUAUGAAGUGGAGUAUUUACCCAACGAGGGAAUCGUUAGCUCCUCCAGACAUCUCUUUAUUGAGUUCACCACUGACGGCUCGGGAACCAACACAGGAGCAUCCAUCAGAUAUGAAGCUUUUGCCCCAGGCCACUGCUACGAGCCCUUUGUGAAGUAUGGAAACUUCACUAGCAGUGACAGCACCUACGCCGUGGGGACGGUGGUGGAGUUUAGCUGUGAUCCUGGAUACACUCUGGAGCAGGGCUCUGUCAUCAUCGAGUGUAUGGACCUUCACAACCCACAGUGGAAUGAGACCGAACCUGCCUGCAGAGCGGUGUGCAGUGGGGAGAUCACUGACUCUGCUGGAGUUGUGUUGUCUCCAAACUGGCCGGAAGCCUAUGAUAAGGGCCAGGACUGCAUCUGGGGCAUCCAUGUGGAAGAGGACAAGCGGAUCAUGCUGGACAUCCAAGUCCUCCACAUGGGAAAGAAUGACCUGUUGACCUUCUAUGAUGGAGAUGACCUGACGGCAAAGAUCCUGGGGCAGUACAGCGGCUCUCGGCCGCGCUUCAAGCUCUACACGUCCACGGCUGACGUCACCAUCCAGUUCCAGUCCGACCCGGCCACCAACAUUUACGGCUACAACAACGGCUUCGUGGUUCACUUCUUCGAGGUUCCUCGUAAUGACACGUGUCCAGAGCUUCCAGAAAUCACUAACGGUUGGAAGACCACAUCUCACCCUGAGCUUGUGCACGGUACAGUCGUCACCUAUCAGUGCUACCCGGGAUUUGAGGUGGUGGGCACCGAAAUGCUGAUGUGCCAAUGGGACCUGACCUGGAGUGGGGACCUGCCCACCUGCGAGAGAGUGCUGUCAUGCCCGGACCCCGGCACGGUGGAGCACAGCCGCAGGGUGAUGUCCGGCCCGCGGCUCAUCGUGGGCUCCACAGUGCAGUACAUCUGUAACAAGGGCUACUCUCUGUCUGGCAACAGCCUCCUCUCCUGCUACCAUCACGACUCCACCGGCCCCAAGUGGAGCGAGAAGCUCCCCAAAUGCAUCCCCGAUACCUAUGAACCGUGUAGGAAUCCUGGAACUCCAGCGUUUGGUGUGCAGGUAUCAGAGAAGCAGUUCUACCAGUCUGGAGAGACGCUGAGGUUUUCAUGUCUCAGUGGUUAUAAGCUUUUUGGAGAGUCCACUAUCCGCUGUGUCCCCAGCCACCCUUCCAAAUGGAGUCACCCACCUCCAGUCUGCAGAGCAGCAGCAGCACUGGAGUAUGUAAAUGAACGCAGACUCGAUGUGGCCAGAACAGAUUUCAGCAUGGAAGGAGUCAACAUGGCCAUCGCCAUCUUCAUCCCCGUGGCUAUAAUUAUGCUGAUCGUCAUGUCAAUAUACUUCUACUUCUCAAGAGUGCAGGGGAAGUCUCUUUGUUUGCCCAUGUCAUCAUCACCACAGUACGAUCAGAUCAGAGGAGAGUCAGCCUUCGAAAACCCCAUCUAUGAGACUGCAAACAGUGAGGUAAGUGUGUCUGACAGGCCUCAGUAACAUGAGCUCGAUGCCUGUGUGUUAGAGGUUGCUUGUCCAUGCCUGGUGUCAGAAGUGCAGUUAAUUCUCACCUGCUGUUUGUACCAAUCAUCUCCUGACACGUUUCCCUGUGGUGCAUGACACACUCCAGUGCAGCACUCUUUGACAGCAGUGUAUCAAUUUGUGUGUGUAUAUGUGUGUGUGUGUGUGUGUGUUUUUAAACCAAGUGGGUCAGGCAGUAGAUCUGCAGCAAAAGUGGACUCAUAUACACCUCUAAUAGAAGAAAUAUAAAUGCUGUCUUUAGAGAUAAACUCCCAUGUCUGUUAUUUUAAAUCAGUUGAAGGCCUUUAGCUCUUUGGAAAAGCAAAUCUGGAGUGUGUAUUCCCAGCUGGAUGUUUUCCUCAGCAUGUACUUAUUACACACACCUUAGUGUUAAGAGUUAGUCUGGGGAAGUUUGUCAAAUGAAGUCAAGUGAAAACGUCAUCACUGUUCACAUCUUCACAUUUCUUUCUUUCUUUCUUUCUUUCUUUCUUUCUUUCUUUCUUCAUAAAGUGUUGGCAUCUUUGACAUGUUCUUUCUCGUUUUAUGUGUGUAUGUGGGGUUCUUUUUUUGGUGCCAUCAGCUUAAGUUGGAUUUUCAUGACCUCUGCAUUGCUUUUUUUUUUUUUCUUUGGACGGUUUCCUGUCUGAACAGAGACCGAUCAUUGUCCCCAGACACCAGCGAUUCUUCCCUAUAGGAUACUGUUGUAAUGACAAAGCCUGUAAGGAGAGUUGAUCAGUGGAAUAGCAGCAUUUGGAGCAAAGCAGGACACAAGAGAGUACGAAGUCUCCAUUUAGACACACUGCUGACGUCCACCCUGAGGGCCGCUAGGCCUUCUUCCUUGUGGAAGUUCCUCAGCACUCUCACCUCCUUCGUGACCUCCUCCGAUCUUCCUCUCUCACCUCCUCCGAUGUUCACCUCCAAUCUUCACCUUCCUGUCAUCCUCCUCUCCCGGUCCGCUGUAAAUAUCCCCUCGAACACCGACUGAGAACUUCCACAAGCGCUGGAAAGAGAGUGGAGAACAUGAUCUUAUUUUUGUAGAGAUCAAAUAGCAGUGGCCUAGCAGCAGCAGUGCUUGUACAGUUUUUAUCCAGUGACGGAGCCGACAGAACCAAACGAAGCUAUACUGGAAUCUGAAAGACUGUCAUCCAGUCAAUUGAUGUCUCGCUAUAUAUAAGGAUUUUUAUUUAUUUAUUUGAUUGUUCUUAUUAUGAUUAUUUAUUUAAUUGUUACAGUCUUGUUGCUUCACAACUACAGAGAGGCUGUGAUGAAACAUGUAGAACAGCAGGAAAGACUUUUUUGUUUGAUUUAUAAAAUGAAUAAAGUGGGUUAAGAUCUGAUGGUAUGGAAAUAUUAUUUUGAAAACUGAAUAAAGUAUCGAAAUGAUUUCCUGUAUGUAUAACAUGCACACUUUUGGCAAAUAAACAUAUGCAUGUUUUAUAAUA